CUGCGCAAUUGUGUGAGGUUCGUUUGGAAGGAGACGGCGGUUGGAGGACGGGAUUGGUUUGUUAAGACGGUACUGAUCGACGGGCUCAAGGUGGAGCCUUUGGGACAGAGGAAUGUGCGGGUCGUCAUAGUGCAAAUGUACAACCCGUAUGUGAGCAACGCAGCAGUGGCUAUUUUUCUGGGAAAGUAUGGGAAGGUGGAUAAGCCGGGGAAAGCUCGGCUGGAGGUCUGGGACUGGAGGGUCCGCGAGGCCGGGGCUCAGGGAAGGAGGGGGAUAGGCUGGUCAGCGGAGGAACAGCAAUCCAGGGUGAAAAAACCUUCCGGCAAGUCACUCGGGUCAGGCGGCCAAGGCGUCACGGAGGAGCAACCAAAACUGGCAAACAGCUCCACCCAGAUAUACUCCUUCAAAUGA